UGAAGCACCAUUACCAUGGAUAACGCUUCUCCGAGUCUAGACCAAGGGGACACUUUACUGCCAUGUCAGGGCGGCUGAUUGUCUUUCUUUUAGUAUGCAUCUGUAUGGUACUUACUGCACCAUCUGGUUCCAAUGUCAACACGACCCGAUCUCUGAGCAAAUGGCACCAUGCCAAAUCGCUUGAGCCUGAUCGUGUCACCCUUCUGGCCUAUCACGACCCUUGAUCUUAGCCAC